AUGGGAGGAAGUUGCAAGGACCAAAAGAUUGCAUUAGCAAUAUGUUUACAACGAUCACCAUGCGUUUUAAUCCAAAGACACACGCCCAAAGAAUGUCUAACUGAUCCUGAUUUGAAGAAAGAUCUACCAGAACUAUGUAAAGCCAAUUUUAGAGCGUUUAUGGAUUGUAAACUAGGUGCUUUAGAUAUGAGGAAACGAAUGAGGGGCAAUGCACCCUUAUCAACUGGUAAAUAUGAUGCUCAGUAUGAGAAAUUGUCAUCGGGGAAUUUUGACCCUGAGGAGGAGAUUAGGAGGUUGGAUGUGAUGAAUCGAAACUUGACAAAGCAACAACAGUUGCAAGAAGAGAAGGAGAAAGCUAGAUUAGAAGGGGGCAGCUAA